AUGAUCAUUGAAUUUACAAAAGAAGUUCCUAUUUUACUGAAUGUUACAAACGACGUCCAUGUGCAGACAAGAAAAUUUAUAGAAUUAGUCCUUAUCACGUUUUUUGUUCCACAAUCACGUUUUUUUGUUAAUCACGUUCACAACCUACUUCUUCCUCACAAUCGCUGCUUCUUCCUCACGAUCGCAGCUGCUCCUGUUGUCACACACACAUCACGAACACGCAUAAGGUCUGGUGUCACAAUCGAACAUACAUAUAACUACUUCGCCUGGGCUUUUCAUCGAAUACCUGGAGUCAACGAAAUUGGAGAGAUGGAAAAUAGGUAUAGGGUUGAAGCGACAAAAGGAUGCGAUUACCUGAUGUUGUGCAUGCGAUCUCAUGCCGAUGGAGGAUUGGAGUCUGAAAUUGCAAUCGUGAUUGAGAUGGAGGAUUGGGCAAAACGUAUCUGA